CGGCACAACUGCCGCGCCUGCGCAGCGGGGCGGGUCCGUCUGCCGCCGGUUGUUGUAGUAACGGGGAAGCGGCGGGGGGGGCCGCGGCUGCCGGGCCGCCGCGGCUGCCGGGCCGCUCGCCCCUGCGAUGCAGGAGCAGGUAACUGCUCUUGCAGGAUCCCUUGAAUCUACAGGAAGAAUCUCAGAGGCUACUGACAGUAGGCUGUAUGAAAACUCCCAGAGGAAAUGCCAGUCGGGAUGGCUCGAGAUCUGGAGGAAACUGCUUCAUCCUCAGAGGAGGAGGAAGAUGUAGAUGAGCUGGAGGAUCAUCCAUGCAUCAAGUGGACUGGUGGUGGCUGCAGGCGGAUCCCAGUCUUGGUGUUUCAUGCUGAAGCCAUUCUGACCAAGGACAGCUACCUCCGCCUGAUUGGAGAGCGGUACCACUUGUCCUAUAAGAUUGUGCGAACUGACAGCCGGCUGGUUCGAAACAUUCUGGCGGCCCAUGGGUUCCAUGAGGUGCAUCCUAGUAGCAGCAAUUAUAAUCUCAUGUGGACAGGAUCACACUUGAAGCCCUACUUGCUUCGUUCCCUUACAGAUAUACAGAAAGUCAAUCAUUUUCCUAGGUCAUAUGAAUUGACACGAAAAGACAGACUGUACAAGAAUGUCUGUCGUAUGCAGCUGGCCCACGGAUUCAAGACGUUCCAUAUCUUACCUCAGACCUUCAUCCUCCCGACAGAAUACCAGGAAUUCUGCAAUACCUAUUCUAAGGACAGAGGCCCAUGGAUAGUGAAGCCUGUGGCAUCUUCCAGGGGUCGAGGUGUCUACCUGAUAAACAAUCCAGACCAGAUUGUCCUGGAAGACAACAUCCUGGUUUCUCGUUACAUCAGCAAUCCUCUGCUCAUAGAUGAUUUCAAAUUUGAUGUGCGCCUCUAUGUUCUGGUUACGUCCUAUGAUCCACUCGUCAUCUAUCUCUACGAGGAAGGAUUGGCCAGGUUUGCAACAGUGAGGUAUGACCAAACAUCCAAGAACAUCAAAAACCAGUUCAUGCAUCUAACCAACUACAGUGUCAACAAGAAGAGUGGAGAUUAUGUCAGCUGUGAUGAUCCUGAAAUAGAGGAUUAUGGAAACAAGUGGAGCAUGAGUGCAAUGCUGAGGUACUUAAAACAGGAGGGGAGAGACACUGCAGAACUGAUGGCCAAUGUGGAGGACCUGAUUAUCAAGACCGUAGUUUCCGCUGAGCUGGCCAUUGCCACAGCUUGUAAAACUUUUCUGUCACAUCGUGGUAGCUGCUUUGAGCUGUAUGGCUUUGAUGUCCUUAUUGAUGACACUCUCAAGCCCUGGUUAUUGGAAGUGAACCUAUCACCAUCAUUGGCCUGUGAUGCUCCUUUGGACCUGAAGAUCAAAGCUAGCAUGCUUUCUGAUAUGUUCACUCUUGUAGGCUUUGUGUGCCAGGAUCCAGGCCAACGCUCAAGCCGAGCCACUUACCAUUCAUCUGAUUCUGUCAGGAGAAAUCCAUACCAGAAGCUGCAGCGUCCUGUUUCCGUGCAGAUGCAAACAGCAAACACCAGACUGGUUUCCCAGCAGGAAGAAAAGUAUACCAGAUGGAGUCAUCUUGAGAACCUAAUUCAUCCUAUGUGCUGCUGUUUGUCAUUCUGUCGUACCCGUCCUCUGUCUGCCAGCGAUGCUGAAAUGAAAAACCCGGUGCCCUCAGGCAAGGAAAAAGCUACAGGAAGGCAAGGCUGCUCUGUGCUAGGUCUCUCCAUGGAGGAGAUAAAAGUUCUUCGUCGAGUGAAAGAGGAGAAUGAACGUAGAGGAGGCUUCAUCCGGAUAUUCCCUACUCCAUUAACAUGGGACCUUUAUGGAUCCUUUUUAGAACACAAGACAUCAAUGAACUACAUGCUGGCUACACGUCUGUUUCAGGACAGGGGCAAGACGAAAAGAGACUUCAUCACUGGGAGAUCCCGAGCAGGUCUUAAUGGAAGGCUGGAUAUGAGGUUGGAAACUGUGGGCUCUCAUGCUCUCUUUUAUGAGAGAAAGCUUGUUUCACUGGAGUUACGGGAGCGCCGGCACUCUCAUGGCAAGGCUAGAGCAACGCGAACAAGAUCAUCAGGGACAUCAAAACCCACAAAGCUGUCCCUCAAGUCAGACACAGAAGGUGAGGAGGAAGAAGAAGUGGAUGCAGGUGAAGAUGAAGAGCUAGAUAGAACUGUUUGUUCUUCGGACACCAGUGUGAAAAGCAAGCCAAAGCUCUCUGACAUGGUGAAAAACGCUUGUAAGGAUAAAAUGCCAAAAGAACUUGACAGGAAAACUGAAGAUGGAGGAGAGCCAAUUCUUCAACAACCAGACUCAGAAUCUCAGUUUGAUUUGCUGCAGGUCCUUCAAAAUCAUGGAAACCUAAGCAAAGUUCAAGCUCGCAGGGCUUUCUCUGCUUACCUACAGCACGUUCAGUUGCGACUGAUGAAGGAGGCUGGUGACCAGAUCCAGAAUCCUUCCUGGGCUGCCAAAGAGGAUGAGCAAAUGGAGCUUGUUGUACGCUUUCUGAAGCGAGCUGCCAGCAAUCUUCAGCAGUCUUUGAGGAUGCUGCUCCCCAGACGUCAUUUAAGACUAAAUGAUCGUCGUCGUAUCCUGGCUCAGCAACUGGGCGAGUUCAUUAUCUUUUACAACAAGGAAACAGAGCAGAUGGUUCAGAAGCAGUCAAACAAGAAACCGGAAGAAGUGGAGGAGGGAGUGAAUCCUGAAGGUUUUCAAAACUUUCUUACCAGGGCAAGUGAAAGUGACUUGGAGGAAGUGCUGACAUUUUACACACACAAAAACAAGUCAGCAAGUGUCUUCUUAGGAACAAACUCCACAAGCACAAAACCCAACAACACUGCUAAUCAAUCAGAGAAACAGGCUCAAGGGGAGCCUGCUGAGGUGGUGAAAAAAACAAAGGGUGAUCAGUCCAAAAGUUCUGUUGCAGAUCUGCCUGCAGAAGGAGCACCAAAAGGCUAUAAAUCCAAAGAAGUUAAAUCAAGUUUUCCAGAAGGACCCACCUCCUUAAAUACUGAAGUGAAAUUACCUCUGUGCGGCCCUCCUAGCACUUCUUCUGGUGUUUCUGGUGCCACGUUCCAGAGAAGUGCCAGUUCCUGGAUACCAUCUCAAUCUUCAGCCUCUGAAAAUUCACUGGUGCCUGGUCACCAUUCAUUGCCGACUCCUCCAGUUGGUCCCAAGCAGAUUAAGUCCUUAUCCACGUUACACUCCUCACAGAGUCCAGCUCCUGACACCUCUUCUGUCUUUACAAACUCGGUGUCCAAUGAGGCAUCUGGCCUUGCAGGGUUACAUCACUGUCGUUCUGGUAGCUACACCCUUGGCCCGUUGUCAUCUUUUCAGAGAGCUGCACAGAUCUACAGCCAAAGAUUGUCUCGACCAUCCUCUGCAAAAGUAGGUUUCUGCCGUCGCAGUCCAAGUGGGCAGCGUGUGGGAUCAGCCAGGAUGCACAAAGACAUGGAAGACGCUUCUUCCCAGGGCAAAUGUUACAGCCCCAGUAUGGUAGCAGCAGAACUGCAGCAACUGACAGAAAAGCAAGCAGCUUGUCGGUAUUCCCCAGUAAGCCACAUCAGUCUCCUUACAGAGCAGUUAACAAACCUCAGCUUGGCAUCUGGAGCUAUAAGCAAAGGGAAUGCAGCCAACCCACAGAGCUACCGGUCAGCGCUCAACAAAAGAAGGUCAUUGUGGGCUGUUCAGUCAGGCACUCAUACAGCUGACAAAAGAUUGGUUUCUUCAGCAGUUAGGACUCCAGAGAAUCAUCAUUUUUCCUGGGAUGGAGAGAUGGAGAAUAGUGUCCACAAUAAGGUGACACAAAGACCGCUAACGCAUCCCAACUAUCAGCUCCAUUUUGCUGUGCAGCAACUUCAGCAGCAGAAACUUCAGUCAUCACAGCUGUUGGAGCAAAGCCAAGCCCGGCACCAGGCUCUCUUUGCCAACUACUCACAAUCUAGCACCAGCCAUAUAUCUGUGCCAGCUGGCUCUGAUGCCCACAAGACAUCAAGUGCCACUUCUAGUAUCCAGAAGGCAGCAAGUUUGCACAAAGUGAUGCCAUCCCAGAGUACACCUUCUCAGAUGGUUCCAAAGCCUCCAGCAAGGAACAGGCAGGCAGCGGUCAGAAGGGCUGCAGCCCAGAGGAUUUCCAAGGUGAUCUCCACUGAAAGGCAACUGAAUGGGUUCCAGAACAGCCUUCACAGUGCUGCAUCCUGUGAGUCACGGACAGAUUCCACAGCUUCUGGUCGCAGAGAAGGACCAAUGCUGAACACCAGGUGAGGAAUUCAGGAUCUGGCUUCAAGUAUGGGGCAGAGGAAAAAGCAGCAGUGACUUCAUACCACCAUACUCCCAGAACACCAAGAGAAGAGUGAAGAGGAGGCCCUGGUGAGAGGACAAUGCACUGAGGAGAGUAUCUGAACAUCUGUGGAGGCUGGUGAUACACCUGCAGGCUGAGGUGAAUGGUUGCCCCUGAGAGCUUCUGCUGCUGAGUCUUGGGGUCCCUUCCUCUCACCUCUUCCUGGUCACUAACCAUGAGAUCUUUCUAUGAGACAGAGAAGUUCCUCUGAACAUGCAGUCUCAUUUGCUCAGCCAUCUCAGUUUGUCCUAAUCUGGUAACAGCCAAGAUUCUCUGCUGUCAUCAUACGGCAACCAUCAGCAGAGAAAAAUAUUAGAACAUUUGUCUAGAGAGAUCCAUGUUGGUUGCCAUCUUGAUUUUUGGCAUAGAGCCAUAUAAAUGAUUGGUUUAAAUAAAGUAAUUUCAUUUGUU